AAUAUGAAUCCUCCAUUAAUCUGCGGCAAAAUCAGAAUUUGUUGAUUGGUCAACGCACUCUGCCACCUGCCACACGGCGUUGCCGCGUCUAUGGAGUCUAGCAUUAGUGGAGAAAAGAAACUAUAACCUGACCUAACCAAGAUCCGGCAACUCUCGACCGUUUAGAGAAAAAGCGUGAAAAGGGAAGACGAAAGGAUACUGACGUGUCAUGACAGAGAAAAAGUGCACAGUGACGCACAUGCCACAUCAUGUGCAACAAAAAUUGUGUCGAACUAGACCACUUUACAGGCAAGGAAAGAGAUUGACAGCAGUGAAGGUUUACACAAUUAAUGAUGAAUCACAGCAUUUGCUAAUAUGUGGAGUACCACAGCUGCAGUUAGUGGAGGAAGUGAAAAAACUCAUUUGUCCCUAUGGAAGUAUGAAAGCGAUUCAGUUGGUCACUGAAUAUCCUUCCGAGGAAUUUACAGAAACAUAUCAUGUGCAUUACGCACAUAUUCAAAGCGCCAGAAUAGCGAAGCGCUUUAUUGACAAUAAGAACUUCUUCGGCGGAAUUUUGCAUGUUUGUUAUGUUCCUGAGUUGGAAACUCUAGAAGAAACGAAAGCGAAACUUGAGCAACGUCGUAAGGACGUGGCGACGCAAAUAAAAAGAAUUCAACAGGAGUCGGUGAACCCAAAAGUAGAUAAAUUUAUUCCAAGAGAACAGUAUCAUAGAAAAAAAAGGACUCCUGCCUUGCCUCUCACCGAGAAACGUAUCAAGCAUUGUUAUCCUGGAGAAACGUUGUCUUCUAUUUGCAAGGGGAUACCUCAGAAUAUAGAUCCACGACCUGUACCCGAGCCUCGUUUACCAAUUAAUUGGGAAGAUGAUCGUAAUAGCAGCACCGUAUCUAGUUCGGAACUACAUCCGGCGCCGUAUCAGUCGACUGAGGCAGUGAUACAAGCGGGAAUUCAGCAAGCGAAUAAAAAUCCAGAUUUGAAUGAGAGAAAAUGGAAAAAUUACAGGGGACACCAUAUUGACAACAAAGUCAAAGUUGUUCGGCCGCGAUUAAUAGAUACCAGAAAUAUCGCGAGAUUAAAUUUCACCGAGAAAACGAAUAUAUUUUCUAAUGUAAAGAAAGUAGAAAGCGGAAUCACAAUCAAGCUAUUGGAAAGAUCUGAUAGCGAGAAAAAGAAGAUAGUUAUAAAAAAUCCAAAGUAUGUAUCCCCCGACAUGCGUAUAUGGGAUGUCCCAAAACACUUCACGGUUUUGAAAUAUAACACAGAGGGGCAAACAGGCUCUAACGUACGUGUUUACCUAUUUGGCUCUCUCUUACUAAAUUAUUAAAAUAUAAAUCUAUAAAUUAUAACGCAAAUAUUAAAAAAGCUGUUACUUUUUGGGAUAUCCCCUAUAUUUUAUACAUCACAAACUGUUUGUUAUAUUUUAAAUAUAAU